AUGUCCGAUGAUAUUCUUUACUCAAGGCGUCAGAUGGCAAAUAAUAUGAACCUACAAUUAGAUAAGGCUGAGAUAUAUAGCCUUACGUUAACAGAGAUUGAGAAACUACUCAACGAUGUUGGAAAGAGUUUGAGAGACUUUUCCACACUUCUCUAUCUAGAUGAGAGAGCGUUCAUCAGAAAAGAGGAGGUGUAUUCUUCAUGUAUGGAUGUGGAGGAUGUGGGACUAAUUGUCCUGCCCGUGGCAUCAUCGGGUAUUGCUGCUACAUUGUUGCCUGGUGGGAGAACAGCUCAUUCGAGAUUCCAUAUAACCUUGAAGAUUGACCGUCAUUCCAUAGCCGGUAUCAAGCACGGGUCUCCACUUGCUGAAUUGAUCAAGCAAACAAGUUUGAUUAUAUGGGAUGAAGCGUCAAUGCAACACCGCCAUGCUUUUGAAUCUGUUGAUCGCAGUCUAAGAGACGUCAUGUCUUCGUUAUAUCCUUCGAGGGCUGGCAUCUCUUUCGGAGGUAUAUCUAUUAUGUUUGGCGGUGAUUACAGGAAGAUUCUUCCAGAACGUGCUGAAGUUUUUUUACUCAAGAAGAAUAUGCGGCUUUCACUUGGUAAAACUGCUCGGGAGAAGAAGGAGAUCGCUGAUUUCAGCCAGUGGGUUCUUGAUGUUAGAAAUGGUCGUCUACCGAUUGUGCAUCCAGACAAUACCAUUAAUGAUCCCGACGUUGUCAUACCGGAUAAAUUUCUUAUUCAUUCUUAUGGACAACUGAUCAAGGAUAUUGUGGAUGUUAUUUAUCCGAAUAUUUCUUCAAACAUCUCAAAUACUGAGUUUCUGAAGCAAAGAUCAAUCUUGACUCCAACCAAUGCCAUUGUCAAUGACGUCAAUUCAUACAUACUUGAUCAGUUACUUGGAGUCGUCCACGCUUAUUUCAGCUAG